GUAGCAUUUCUAUUAAUAUAUGAUUUCUCUACCGUUUAAAACAAUUUGGAAAUUUGAGAGGAAAAUAUCAACUCAUGAAUAACACUUCAUAGUCCACUUCAGCACAUAAUGCUAUGUUAUAAGGGGCAUAAACCCGGUCUUCACAAACUCCAAGAGAUUUUAAAGGGAACUUUCUAAUAAGUACCUCUUAACUUAUUUCAAAAUGAGCCCAAUACCAAUAACCAUUACGGGAUCACUCUGCGAGUUCUGCCACCAGUUCAUCAGCGAUAUUUUCUCCUUCGACUUUACCAGUCAAGACGCCUACCCAGCUCGCUGGCAUCCAAUAGGCUCAGGAUGGGGUCCCUGGGGCGAUGCUUUCCGGCACCAUGAGACCCUCGCAGCUCUUGCACAAAGCGCCAAAUCAUGCGAACUCUGCAAUGUCUUGCACGCAGACCUCUCGCUUAUGGAUGAAUCUCUUCACCAAGGCUGGCUAGGGCUGUACCCAUUCUACUCAUCUGGCCGUAUAGGACCAAAUAAGUCCAAAGGCGUUUUCCGCGCCGGCUUCCGUGACUCCCUAGAUAGAAUGCCCUGGGGUAGUAGUAAAAUCGGGAGUAUUCCCCUCCACAGCUUCAAAGUAUGUCGGCGAGUGCCAUUAAACGAAGGCGAGCAAGUCCCCUGGCUCGACACAUACAGACGCCUACCCGCCGUAAACCCAACGAUAACCCCAUCAGAUAUCGCAAACAUGGUAUCCCACUGGCAACAAGACUGCCGCACCAACCAUCCAAACUGCUCCAACGCCCCCGCGGACCACGUCCUCCCCACCCGCGUCCUCGACCUAGGAGAAGACCCAACACCCCAAAUCCGGCUCCUCGAAACCCACGACCUCAAAGCCCCCUACGCAACCCUAAGCCACUGCUGGGGCGGCGCCAUCCCCAGCAUCACCCUAACCACCAAUGCCGCCUCCCGCACAACCUCGCUCCCCCUGUCCUCUCUCCCCCAGAACUUCAAAGACGCAAUAACGGUAACCCGCGCCCUAGGGCUGCGCUACCUAUGGAUCGACGCGCUGUGCAUAGUCCAAGACUCGAGAUCCGACUGGGUCCGCGAAGCCGGGCUCAUGAGCGCCGUGUACACCGGCGCAGCUGUCGUGAUCUCCGCGCUCGACAGCCCAGCCAGCUCGGCUGGGUUUUUGAAGCCGGAUAGACUGCCCCUGGCUGUGCUGGGGGCGGAGUACGCGGUGCAGAAGGUGUUGCCGGAACUCAAUGACUACCUGGUUACCUGUCCGCUUGUCUCGCGGGGGUGGUGUAUGCAGGAGCGGUUGCUGGCGUCUAGGUUACUGCAUUUUGGGAAGGAGCAGGUGUUCUGGGAGUGUCGGUCGUUGUUUAGGGCGGAGGAUGGGAGGGAUUUUACGGGGGACUCGGAUGGACAUGUUAUGGCGGAGUUUCUACGCAUUAGGAAACGGAUUGGGGUUGCGGCGGCGCGGGGGGAAAGGUUGGAUUGGGAUGCGUGGUAUCAGCUUUUGCAGGAGUAUACGACGCGCAGGUUUACGGUGUCGACGGAUAAGUUGCCUGCGCUUGCUGGUGCGGCGGGGUUGUUUAGGAAUGCGAAUAAGGAGACGGGUGCGACGUAUGUUGCUGGGCUGUGGAAAGAGGAUUUGGCGAGGGGGUUGCUUUGGUGUGCGCAUUAUGAUCAUGUGCCUGGGAGAAAGGUCUGGGGGAUCUCGUCGAGUGAUCGGAUAUCUACGCUUGCUGAACCGCCGGAGAGGCGCGCGCCGAGCUGGAGUUGGGCGGCGUUGGAUGGUCACUUGGACUUUUGGGCGCUGCGCGUAGGAGGAUUCGUCGUCGAGGUCUUGGAUGUUAAGAUGAGUGUUGGGGAGAACGAACUUACGGAGGCUUUUCCAGACGGGGUAGUAACACUUAGGGGUCGAGUUGCGCGGAUGUUCUAUCAUACUCCGGAAGAAGUGAAGUAUGAUGUUGGGACGUUGACAUUUCAACAGUCAGAUUCUCCGAGUGAUGCGUCAAGCGCACUAAGCGGCUGCGUGAUGGAUUUGGAUCGUCGGAAAUCACGAUUUUGUUGGGCAAUGGUAAUUGCACAGUCAAAUAAUGAAUGGUUUUUACUUGUCCUCGAUAAGAAUGACGAUGGGUCGUACCGGAGAAUAGGGAUGGCCACGGCGAAAAGCGUGGAGGUCGAUUUAGGAAGAUUCGAGGUUCACGAGGUUCAAAUCAUUUAGAGGGAGAAAAAAAAAAGUCUUGCGGAUUUAUCGUGGAAUCAUUUAAAAUUGGGAUGAUAAAAAGUCUGAAGGUCGAAAACGAGAAAGUGGGUGUAAAAAAAGCCUCGUGAUCUUGAGCUGGAUGCAUCACCAUGAUCAAAUCGCAAAUACAUCAGAAGAACAAAAGGCAAAAAGAACAGUAUCGAGUAACCGUCCUCAUGGCCCAGACUCAGGUGUAUGGCCCCUGAGCUUCUGCGCCUCCUUUUGUCAGAUAUUUCUUUGCGACUGCCCUUUCAGGCCCUGGUUCUUCCAGGAAUCGAACCCUAGACCUCCCAUUCCAGAGAGACAUUAUUGGGUUUACUUCGGAGGUGAUAGGUUGCUGCCUGAGAGCCUUGACCACCUGACACAUCUGGUCUCCACGACGACAACACUGACGAGAGCUUUGACCAUUCUACUUUUUUUAUUCAUACUGUCUAAGGACCUUUGCGCCUGAGUUACAAG